AUGGCAGCAGCUCAGACCGCGCCAAGGCGUUUUGGUACCAAACCCAAAGAAAUAUGCCGGGAUUAUGCUCGUGGGAGGUGCUGGAGAGGUGCAGAAUGCUGCUACUGGCACGACGAUGAGCAGCCUGUGGAAAAUGUCAGCAACACUUCCCCGGCUGUAGAGAUUCUCAGCGACAAACGGUUCCAACCGCUGAAAUUCUCGAAUGAAUUCAGCGACAGUAACAAUCACCCUCGCAGCGGAGACGCCGGUUUGGAACGCGACGACAAUCCUGAAGACGCGUUGGAUUUCACCCCCGAGCAGCUGCCGCGCAGUGUUUGCUGGGCUUGGCUCCGUGGCGGCUGCUCUCGCGGCGAUGCGUGCAAAUAUCCCCAUGGAAAUUAUAGACAGCCCGCCGCUACCCCUCAGGACAGGCCCAUGUCAUGUCAGCAUGACUUUGGGGAGACAAGCAAGCCGACAUUUCGGGGUUCAAUCGAUGCCAACAGCAACGAGCGAGAACUCGCGCUGCGGCCGCACAAACGCUGUGCGUCACUCACCAUCACUCAAUUCGGCGCGCGGGUGACGUACGGGGAUGGUCUUGCUGUGAAUCGUGUCCAAAUCGAACACGAGAGUUGCACUCGUGUUGUUCUGAGCAAUAUUCCUACUUCCAUAUCGAGGACGGAUUUCUUCGCUGCUGUCAAGCUUUUCGGUCACGUUCUUGAUGUUGAUUUCAAGGACGAUCUCUCGAUGAAGCGCGACAGUAUGCUCGCAUACGUGGCGUACACCCAUCAUGCCCGUGCCGUUCAGGCUAUGUCGGCUCUGGAUGGUUCCGCAAUGUUUGGACGCGUACUUUCUGCACAGAUACCCUCGGGAGUUUCCAUUGGCCAGGGACUCAUUCACGACUCCACGGUUGUGUUGAGUUGGGACGCACCAAAGCUCAUUGGUUAUGCAGGCUACGCAACACAGGAAGAGGCGGAUAACAUCAUCGUAGCGACCAACGAUCAGGAACUCGACGGGAGGAUCAUGAAGUCGUAUAUCCACACCGGGUUGCCGUCCUUGGGGGUUUGCACCGUGCGCCUCGAGAACAUCCCUCGUCAAUCGGUGAUGACGAAGCGGAAGUUCAUCGGCAAGACAGAAGGAUUCAUGAUUGAAAAACCGAAAUAUGCCCUUCAUGUUGCUGUACGAGAGGUCCGUGCAUUCGUGGAGCGAAGUAUCCCGCAAGCGGAUCUACUGGCUUUCGACAUGGACAUGAGUCCAGAUCGCCACGGCAUCGUUCGUGCAACUAUCACCUGCUCUUCAGCGGCGGCCGCGCACAGUCUGGCUGAUAUCAUGAGCGGUCGAAAAUUCAAGUCUCUCGGCAAUGUCUCCAUAAUCUCCCAUCAUAUGCACUCCGUGUCGUUCCGAAUACCAAAAGCCACAUAUAACAUUCUUUACGACGACCUUUGCUCCCUGGAAUCCGACUUGGUGGGCGCCGGUGGGAAUGUACGGGUGCUUAAUCAAGAAGGUGAAGCCCCGGAGACUACCAUUGAACUCAUCGCGCCAGGCCUGCCCAUUUUCCGUGUAUACAGAUCGCGCGUAGAACAGCUCCUACGCGGAGAGGUUGUUCACAAGGACGGGGCAACCGUAUGGGACGACUUCUUUCUAUAUCCCACCUGCCACCGUUUUCUGGGCUUUCUUCGCCAUCAGCAACCGUCGGUGCUCUUGCAGCGUGAUAAGCACCACAGGUUGAUCAAGCUCUUUGGACCCUCUGCCGGCAGAAAAGUCAUUGCGGACUACAUCAUCGCAAAGGUCGAGCACCUACAAGGACAGUCGCGCCAUACGUUCCCCCUUUCCGGGCGUUUAAUUGGUUUGUUCUUCUCAUCGGAUCUGCGGAGACUGCAGCAUGCCCUCGGUCAAGAGAACGUCAACCUGGAUAGGGUCCGGAAAGUGCUUCAUGUCCGCGGGGGCAGCACGGCAUAUGGCCUUGCUCGCGAUAUCAUAGAUCACGCGGAGCGUCGGUACCCGCUGCGGAUGCGCACGGAGAAAACCAGCUGCUCCGUAUGCUUCGGCCCGACCGAAAAUGCUGUCGUCCUCGCCUGCGGCCACCGAUACUGUCGAUCGUGCGUCCACGGCUACCUCACUUCGGCAUCCGUUCAGUCGUGGCCCUUGACCUGCUUGGGGGAUGACGCGAAGUGCCAGCGGGAAAUCCCACUUCGCCUCAUGCAGCAGCUCCUCAACCCGCGCGAGUUCGAGGAUGCCACCCGGCGCUCAUUCCUCGCCUACAUCCGUUCGCACCCCGACGAACUUCAGUUCUGCCCGACCCCAGACUGCCCGGAGGUGUACCGCCCCGGGCCGAAGAACACGACGCGCCAGUGUCCGACCUGCUUGAACCGGAUAUGCACGUACUGCCGCACCGAGUGCCACGACAACAUGCGCUGCGAAGAGCGCGCGCAGCAUCAGGAGCCGCUUUUCAAAGAGUGGGUUGCGGCGCACGACGUCAAGCCCUGCCCCCGCUGCAGCGCACAUAUCGAGCGCGUCGCGGGCUGCAACCAUAUAACGUGUGCCGCGUGCAGAACCCAUAUCUGCUGGGUCUGCCUGAAAACGUUCCCAGACGAUCGUGAGAUCUACGGACACAUGCGAGAAGCUCAUGGCGGUAUUGGGUUGGAGGAGAUGUAAGAUGUGUCUGCGAUCGCGUGUAAGAUAUCGGGAAGGCGGGGCUUCCAGGGACUCUGUAUUUCGGGAAAACAGCUAUAUGUUAUCAGUAUGUGCAUUAGUUCUGUUAUGUCGCCCUAUAGACGAGCCAUACUAUGUUGUGCUACCUCUUGUACGCCCUUUCAGUAUAUUGUACAUUGAUG